ACUGAACGGGUUUUGGUUCGGUUUUUUCUCGCGAUGCGGAAGCCAAGCCACACGCAAAGUUGGUUUCUUCCAGAUGCUGUAGGCAGUGAGGCUGUCUGUCGAUAAACAGGGAAGAAAGGACACAGAAGAUGCAAUCUCUAUCCACCAAUUCCAAAUACAAAUGGGCGUAUCCAUCCCUCAAAAAACCCGUUACACAUUGACCACCGUUUUGUUCAUUGUGUUGUUCGUCCUUAGCCUAUUUCUUUUCAGCAGACGUACGCUUGAACCCUCCCUUUCUAUCUACCAACAGUCCUUUCCGCUCAUCAAAUCCCAACUUCGCUCCUCCGACCCAGACCCACUGAACUCAUCAACCAACCAGUCCAUUCCUCCUAGUAUUUCUCAAGCUGACGAGCUAGGCCCUUCCUCAAAUGGCUCAAGCAUCGAUGAUCAGCCUUCUGCCCAUGACGAGCAGAACCCACCUGCAGAUAACGAAGCUGUUGUUGACAAUGGUGAAGAGAAGAGGGAAAUGUGUGAUCUUUACACCGGAACUUGGGUGAAAGACGAAGAGUACCCUGUUUAUAAACCGGGUUCUUGCCCUUAUGUUGAUGAGGCUUUUGAUUGCCAAAGCAACGGAAGGCAAGAUUCUGAUUACUUGGGAUGGCGUUGGAAGCCUGAUGGCUGUGAUCUUCCAAGGUUUAAUGCUACUGACCUCUUGGAGAGACUAAGAGGUAAAAGGCUGAUGCUGGUUGGGGACUCCAUGAACCGAAAUCAGUUUGAGUCAAUGUUAUGCCUCCUCCGUGAAGGCCUGACCAAUAAGAGCAAAAUGUACGAGAUCCACGGCCGCAAAAUAACAAAAGGAAGAGGUUACUUUGUGUUUAAAUUUGAGGACUAUGACUGUACAGUGGCUUUUGUAAGGUCACAUUUUCUUGUAAAAGAAGGAGUCCGCAUUAAUGGACAAGGGAACUCAAAUCCAACUCUAUUGAUAGAUAGAAUUGACAAGUCAUCUGGUCGAUGGAAGCGGGCUGAUAUUCUCAUUUUCAAUACUGGUCACUGGUGGGUUCAUGGAAAGACUGCACGAGGGAAAAAUUACUUUAAAGAAGGUGAUUAUCUUUAUCCAAAAUUUGAUGCCGUUGAAGCUUAUCGAAGAGCUUUGAAGACCUGGGCAAAAUGGAUUGAUGAAAAUGUUAAACCAGCAAAACAGUUGGUCUUUUAUCGUGGAUACUCUUCUGCUCAUUUCAGAGGUGGAGAUUGGGACUCAGGUGGAUCCUGUAAUGGGGAAACUGAACCAAUCUUGAGUGGAGCCUUCCUUGAAACCUAUCCUUUGAAAAUGAAGAUAGUUGAAGAAGUGAUUCAGGAAAUGAAGGUUCCUGUGAUACUGUUAAAUGUAACGAGGUUGACCAAUUUUCGCAAGGAUGGCCAUCCAUCUAUCUUUGGCAAGAGAUUAACAGAAGGGAAAAAAGUUUCUACAAGGCGGCAGGAUUGCAGCCACUGGUGUGUCCCUGGGGUUCCUGAUACCUGGAAUGAGCUGAUCUAUGCCACUCUGUUUUUCAACAAACAAUUUUAAAGAGGAUAACUUGCAACAGUAUGGUACAAUUGGUAUGUGGCCGCAUGGAAGGAUGAAACCAGGGCUGUGUAGCUGGCAGAUGAACCAAUGUGCAAUAGCUGCUAUCAGAACAUCUGAAGAUAGUUGUGGUGGAUUAGAUGGGUAAUGUAAGAAAUUCAAGUUAGCAUUGAGCAAAGAACUUGAAGGAAUAGGACGCAUACCCUGGGUAUUGGAAGGAGAGAAAGCAGAACGCUAGCACAUUGAAACGAGGUAUUCAUGUUAGUCUUGCAAGCUUGGUCUUCCAUGGGAGGUGGCUGGCUGAAGAAAACCUGCGUGUGCAUUACGCAUGCACAUCACACAUAAUUUUCAAAGGACAACCAGGAACCAAUGAACACUUCUAAAUCUUUGUUCAAAUUUUUAUCUAACGCUGGAAGUUUAGCCAAUUCCAAGUACCUUUUAGUUAUUUUUGAAUGAAACUCAUCUUACAUCAUUCAUCAUUUGCAGAGAUGGUAAUCAAAUUUUCAUAAAAAACCACACACUCUCUCUCAAAUCUGUACAAAGAGAGAUUCUAAUGUAAGAACUCGACAACUGAUUUCUGCCAUAUAUGAUUUGUUGUGCUCAUGCUUGGGCUAGUCUGCCGCUUACUUAGAUAGUAAGCAGCUGUCCAACGGUCAACAGUUUGGAGACUUAACAGGAAACCUAAAAUAGUACGACUUACA